GCAACAACUCCAACAACACCACCAACUACAACACCUACCCCAACAACAACUCCAACACCAACCCCUACAACUACAACGCCAACUCCAACAACAACACCAACCCCAACAAUAACUACAACACCUUCAACAACUACAACACCGACACCAACUCCAACAACAACACCAACAACAACUACAACACCUACCCCAACAACAACUACAACUCCUACAACUACAACUCCAACAACAACACCAACCCUCACAACAACUACAACACCGACACCUUCAACAACUACAACACCAACCCCAACUACAACCCCAGCUACAACCCCUACCCCUACAACAACAACACCAACACAAACUACAACACCUACCCCAACAACAACUACAACCCCUACAACAACAACACCAACUCCAACAACAACACCAACCCUCACAACAACACCGACACCUUCAACAACUACAACACCAACCCCAACUACAACCCCUACCCCUACAACAACUUCAACUCCAACAACAACUACCACACUAACCCCGACAACAGCUACAACAACAACAACAACACCAACCCCGACAACAACAACACCAACCCCGACAACAGCAACAACUCCAACAACAACUAAAACUACAACCCCUACAACUACAACACCAAGUCCGACAACAACUACAACACCAACCCCUACAACUACAACACCAGCUCCAACAACAACACCAACCCUAACAACAACUACAACACCAACACCUUCAACAACUACAACACCAACCCAUACUACAACCCCAACUUCAACAACAACACCAACCCCGACAGCAACUACAGCACCAACAACAACACCAGCCCCGACAACAGCAACAACUCCAAAAACAACACCAACUACAACACCUACCCCAACAACAACUCCAACACCAACCCCUACAACUACAACACCAACUCCAACAAUAACUACAACACCUUCAACAACUACAACACCGACAACAACUCCAACAACAACAACAACACCAACAACAACUACAACACCUACCCCAACAACAACU